UCCGUGUUUCUUUCGGGAGACUUUUUUAACCGCGGAUCUCCUAAGGUACCUUCGCAAGAAAAAAAAAAAGAAAUAAUUGAAAAUCCCCAAAUUAAUAAUCAAAGUUUGAUUUUUGAGAUUUUUAUAUUUACGAGGCCUUCAUUUCCAUUGUCCGAUUCUUUCCAAGUUUCUGUUUUUUUGUUAUUUAUUUAAGUUAUUCGAUUUCAUCGAAUACAGCUUGAACUCCAGCAAAGAUUGUGUAAGAAUAAAUUUUGACCAGAAUAAGAUAUGCAGAGCCAACUUGUGUGUAGUGGGUGUAGGAACAUGCUUUUAUAUCCUAGAGGAGCUACAAAUGUUUGCUGCGCAAUAUGCAACACAAUUACCUCUGUCCCCCCUCCUGGGAUGGAAAUGGCACAACUAAUUUGUGGAGGCUGCAGGACGUUGUUAAUGUAUACACGUGGAGCAACAAGUGUUAGAUGCUCAUGCUGCCAUACUGUGAAUCUUGCACCAGGGUCCAAUCAGAUGGCUCAUGUUAAUUGUGGAAACUGCCGGACAACACUCAUGUAUCCAUUUGGAGCUCCAUCAGUAAAAUGUGCAGUUUGUCAGUAUGUUACAAAUGUUGGUAUGGGCAAUAUGAGGGUUCCAAUUCCUGUGCACAGACCCAAUUCUGGAACAAUGCCCUCCACUUCAGCUCCAAUGCCUCAUUCACAAAGCCAAACUGUUGUGGUUGAGAACCCAAUGUCCGUCGACGAGAGUGGCAAACUGGUGAGCAAUGUCGUUGUUGGUGUUACAACAGAAAAGAAAUAAUAAAAUCAAAAUUCCAGGAUGUGCUGUAAGCAUUAUUUGGCUGGGAGCAAUCCAUAUGUUUUCUUAUACAUAUCUAUAUAUAGACAUGGAAAUUGGUUGUGUAUAUCUUGUGAGAGAUUGACAUUGGCUUUCAUUUUUUCGAGAACCUUAUAUCAAAAUAUGAGGUUUCUGUGAUUAAACUGUGAUUGUUGUCCUUAUGAAAAAAAUUAUUAGAGUCCAAAAAAGAGUCUUUUUUGGUCA